AUGGACACGGCCGUCGAUGUACAGCGUGUCACGUCUCUCGCCCCACUGGCGUCACCGUUAGCUCCAAUACCCGACGAUGACAUCUUCACAGACGUCCAGUGGAAGACCCUAACAUCUAUUCUGGAAGUCUUCAUCCCUUCGCUGGCCCCAGCAAGCUCGGACGACAAAAGUGCUCUGCACCCGGACGACUAUGAGAAGUAUGUUGAGGACAUCCAGCUAUACGUACCGCCGGAUGUCAGUCGCAAAGACAUCGAAACCUACCUUGCCGAGUCUGUCACCAGCAUACCCGGCCUGAAAGAUAACCUUCGACGACGUUUCGCGCAAUCCGUGGCGAAGCCGGCAGUUGCAGGCCUAUCGACGGUGCUCGGUACACUCAACACAACAGCCGGGUCACUAUUGUUGACGGGCUCGACUACGCCUAUACAUCAGCAGCCCAUUGCAGAGAGGACCACCAUCAUUCGAAAAUGGUCACAGUCAUACAUUCCGACUCUGCGCAAGCUGCACAAUACUUUCUCUGGUCUGUCGAGGCAGUGGUAUAUCCACGAAUCAAAGAGCUUUCCCAAGGUCAUUGGGUACAAGGGCCACUACGCCGAUGUCGAGCGCAGACCUACCUAUGCAUUCAAAUUCCACGACUUCACUGCCAGUGACAGCCCAACAACUCUCGAGACUGAUGUCGUCGUUAUUGGCUCAGGUCCUGGAUCUGGGGCUGUGACCAAUCGGCUCGCCGCUGCAGGCAUGAAAUGCAUUGUAAUCGACAAAGGCUACCACUGGAAUUCGGAUCACUUUCCCAUGAAGCACUCGGAUGCGCAGGAGCAUUUGUACGAGAAUUACGGGGCUGUCGUAUCUGACGACGGCGGCCUUGCUACCGCUGCCGCUUCGACAUUUGGUGGUGGCGGCACGGUCAACUGGUCUGCCACGCUGCAGCCACCUGCAUUUGUGAGAAAGCAGUGGCAAGAUGAGGAGGGACUAAAUUUUGCUGUUGGCCAGGCAUACCAGGAAUCGCUAGAUUAUGUUUGCGACAAGAUGGGCGCAGCCAGGGCAAACGACCAUGAAGCGUUAGCAAAGAUCAAGCACAAUUAUGCCAAUGAGUUGUUGCUCGAAGGUGCGAGGAAGGUUGGGUUGGAGGUUAAGGUGGUGCCACAAAACACGGGUGGCCGCGUACAUGACUGCGGACAUUGCCAUCUCGGCUGCCCAAGUUGCACAAAGCAGGGACCAGCCAACCUUUGGUUUCCAGAAGCGGCUGAGAAGGGGGCGGAAUUCAUCGUUGGGUUCUGGGCAGAGAAGAUCUUGUUCGCCGAUGAUGGAAAGACUGCGGUCGGCGUGAAAGGCCAGUGGACAUCACAGGACCGCGAAGUCACCAAGGAAGUUACGAUCAAGGCCAAGCGCGUUAUCGUGGCCUCUGGAACUUUUCAGUCGCCUCUCCUGCUCAAGAGAUCUGGUCUGACGAACCCAUGGAUCGGCAAAAACUUCCACGUCCACCCAGUCUGGUACAUCUUCGCGACCAUGCCCGACCGCAUCGAUCCCUGGAAAGGUGGUGGUCUGUUGACUUCGGUCGUGACUGGCCUUCGCCACGGGACAGGCGACUACCACGGCCCUGUCAUCGAGAUCUGUAUGGGUAUGCCAACUCAGACCGGUCUUCCUCUUGCCGUCAGCAGCAAAGCUACUGGUGAGGCUGCCGCGGCGCAGUAUAAAGUGGACCUCGCCAAACUCGGCCAUACGGUUGGUUUGUUCUCAAUGGUCCGUGACAAGGACAGCGGCGAGAUCUACGCAGAUAAGCACAAUCCUCGCAUGGCACAUAUGAAGUACACCACCAGUCAGCGUGAUAAGGAGCAGAUCGUCGUUGGCCAAGUCGAAGCUGCGAGAAUUGCAUAUGCAAUGGGCGCCCGUGAGAUCAGCGUGGAGCAUCCCGAUGUAGACGCGUUCGUGCGCUCGUCCACGGCCACACAGGAGAUCAACGAUGAGGCAUUUGAGCUGUGGUUGAAUGAUGUCAAGACGAAGGGUCUCACAGCGAACAGUGAGCCGAUAAUGAUGCAUUCGGCGCAUCAGUUUGGGACAUGUAAGAUGAGUGCGAACAAGGAUAGGGGUGUAGUUGAUGGGCAAGGACGGGUUUGGGGUUAUAACAAUUUGUGGGUUGCAGACAGUAGCGUGCUGCCCACUGCGACGGGCGUGAAUCCGAUGGUCAGCACGAUGGGGACAGCGGAUUGGAUCGCGAGAGGGAUCGAGCGGUCGUGGCAGGAGGAACGGAGAGGGUAG